AUGGAUUUGGCUGCUAGGGUAAAACUGAUCUGCGGUAUUUUCCUCAGCAUUUCCAUAGUCUCAACAGUUUUAGCAUGUGCUUUGUGGGACUUCCAACAACAGACGCCUAUCAACAAUGCGUUAUAUAUAACAUGUGCUCUGUGGGACUUCCAACAACAGACACCUAUCAACAAUGCGCUUUAUAUAAGUGGCCUUUUAAUAGCUUUCAUGCUGAACUGUGGCAUAGCUUAUUGCCUCCUGGCCGGUACCGUACAGCAUAGAUCAUCUCUGUUUUUCCCAUACAUUGUGUGUUCAUCCAUCUAUACUGCUGUCAGCACGUUUGGCGCUGGCUUCUUUCUCGGCUCGACGAUCUACUCGGUUUCGGCUAAAAUGAGGGCAGAUCAUAUAUAUCUACUCGUUAUAUUUCUUGCGCUACUUAGCUUCUGGUACUGGAGUUUGAGAACCGUGAGGACAUAUCGUAAUUAUGUGAGGAAAAUCUCCGGCGAGCAUGUCAUCUUUACCAAUCCUGAAUUUGUUUGA